AUGCAGAGCCACAACAACAACAACAACCACUGCGCGCUGGGCAUGCAAGAGCGGCUCUCGGUCGUCUCGUCUUCCGCCAAGACGCCCGGCGACCUCGAAGGCGGCGCGCUGCGCGAAGGCGGUGCCCCCGUUUACACGAGCCAGGAGGUGCUCGGUCUUCUCUCGCAGUACGUCGCCGUCGGCCUCAUGCUCGGUGCACUGCCCAACAUGACGUACCCCGUCUUUACCGGCUGCUUUCACAUGACGGGCGCGCAGUACAACUCGGCCAAGACGCUCCUCUUCAUCGGCUGGUCGCUCAAGGCGUUCAUUGGCAUGAUCUCGGACUGCGUGCCCAUUUACGGCUACCGGCGCAAGUCGUGGAUGAUGCUUGGCUGGUCCGGUGCGUUCAUCUGCCUCCUCGCGGGCGUCGCCGGCAUCGAGGCGAGUCUCCGCACGGCGGCCCAGAACGCGACCAUCAACCUGGAUGCGCCCGUCAAAGGCGGCGUCGUUGCGCUUCUCUUUGGUGUCGCGACCAUCUCGUAUGUGUUUGCAGACGUGCCCGCGGACGCGCUGGUCGUCGAGUAUGCGCAGCGCGAGCCGAUCGCCACGCGCGGCCGGAUGCAGUCGCUGGUCUACACGACGCGCACCGUGUCAUCGACGAUUUCGACCGCGAUCGCCGGCUUUUGCAUGAACUCGCCCCGGUUUGCGGGCGAUUUUUCGUGGGACUUUGGCGUCAACACCAUGUACAUGCUGCUCUGCAUCCCGUGCUUUCUCAUGGUGCCAACCACGUACUUUGUGAUUCGCGACACCAAGACGGCGGCGGUGCCGUUUGGUCACUACUUGAGCCAGAUCUGGGAGCUGCUCCAGAAGCGCGCCAUGUGGCAGAUCAUGCUGUUCAACUUUUUCUACAACCUGUUUGGCGGCGGUCUCUCGUCGACGGCCGCGACGUACGUGCAGCUGCACUGGGCCAAGGUCGAAAACCUCAACAGCCAGAUCAUUGUCAUCAUUUCCAACUUUGUCCUGGCCGGCGUCAUGGCCUCGAUCGGCAAGUGGGGCACCAACUGGAACUGGCGCGUCGUUGUGGUCUCGACGACCUUGACGACGAUCGCGAUCGACUCGAUCGUGCAAUUUUGCACCUUUUUUGCCAUUGUGCGCAACCAGUGGUUCUACCUUGGCGUCCCGUUGGCCGAGCAGCUGCCCCAAGGCGUCCUCUUCAUCGUCACGACCUUUGUCAUCGUCGAGCUCGCGGAAAUCGGCAACGAAGGCGUCGUCUAUGGCCUACUGACGACCGUCUCGAACCUUCCUGCGGCCGUCGGCCCCGUCCUCUCGAGCAUCAUCUGCGCCCGCUUCCAAGUCGACGAAGACUCGAUCGUGCGCGUCCAGGUGACGUACACGUACCUCAUUUACUACGCCGGGUUUCUCGUCGCGGCCAUGACGUCGAUCUUUCUGCCGACCCAGAAGGCGGCGCUCCACAACCUCCAGCGCCACGGCGGCAGCUACCCGAUCGUCGGCGCGUGCGUUCUCGUCUUUGUCCUUGCCGCGCUUGUCUUUUCGAUCACGGCCAGCGUGCUCUCGAUGCUUCCGUCGACGUCGUGCAUGGUGGUCGCGGGCGGCGGCGGCUGCGACCCGUAG